AUGAUACGAUGGGCCUGCCACUUCUGGAUUCAAGAGGAAUUAGAGGAAAAUGGUAGUGGGAAAGGAAGAGUUGCUUUUCAGGAUAAGAGUUCUAGAAGAAUAAGGAAUAAAGAGCAUGCUGACCUGGAGAGGCUGCACAUGGGAUGUCAGGUGAAGGAGCAGAGGCGGAGGUGGAGGAGGCGCGGCGGAGGAGGAUCUGGUCUGAUCGGAGAGUUCGUCGGCGGUGGGGAUGAGGGAUUAGGAGGAGGAGGAGGAAGGAAGACAUGA